UUCAUCUUUGACCCAUCUGGAAGACUGGCCUAUUGGUGGUCAUCUGUAGUCAGUGCUGCCUUUACUUACAACUUCUGGGUCAUUAUUUACAGGAUAGCAAUACAGGAAAUCAACGACGACACUAAGACCUUCUGGUUCAGUCUGGACUACACGGCCGAUGCAAUCUACUUCCUUGAUAUUUUCUUCCGCUUCCGGACAGGCUACCUGGACGACGGAGUUCUGGAGACAAAUUCAUUCAAAUUGAGGAUCCGCUACAUGAACAGCACCCUCUUCUAUUCAGAUUGUUUGUCUCUCUUGCCUCUUGACUUCCUCUACCUCAGUUUCGGAUUCAAAUCGGCCUGCAGAUGUUUCAGACUCGUCAAGAUUUACAGGUUCUGGUCGUUUCUAGACCGGACCGAGCGCCACACCAACUGGCCCAACGUAAUUAGGUCACUGACCUUGCUGCAUUACGUCAUGGCCAUUUUCCACUGGAACACGUGCUUGAGUGUCAUCGUCUGGAGGACGUGGGGCGAGAAUAAUAGCAGCAGCUACAUUCAUGCAAACAACGCGAACAACAAUCUCAAUGGCUUUUUUUAUCGCAGCUCUCUUCACAUGACUUCCGCCGGAAGUUUAGACCGAUCGCCAGUCAGCAAGGCGGGCUUCCUCUUUGCCGUAUUACAAUUUGUCUUUGGUCUUCUGCUCUUCGCCGCCAUUUUGGGUCACGUGGCAAACAUCGUGGCCAACGUCAGCGCUAACAAGAGGGACUUCCAAACACGACUGGACCAGGUAAAGCACUACAUGACGACGCGGCGAGUUCCUGAGCAACUUCAGCUGCGUGUCAUCCGCUGGUUCGACUACCUAUGGACAGGCAAAAAGAGAGGAGAGAGUGCCGUUGAUGAAGACGUUACAUUGAGUCUGCUACCUGAUAAGCUCCGAUCUGAAAUAGCACUGCACCUACACCUGGAAACGUUGAAACGGGUAGAAGUCUUCCAACACACAGAGGUCGGCUUCCUAAGAAGUCUCGUCCUCUGCAUGAAGUCCGUUCUAUUCUCGCCUGGAGAUUUCAUAUGUAGGAAGGGCGAGAUAGGUCGCGAGAUGUACGUCGUGAGUCGAGGCAAGCUGCAAGUUCUAUCCGAUGAAGGCUCCGUCCUGGCAACGUUGAAACCUGGCAGCUACUUCGGCGAACUCAGCAUCCUCAACACGGGCAGCAACAGACGCACAGCUUCAGUCAUAUCAGUCGGCCACUCAGAUUUAUUCUGCCUAUCGAAGGUCGACCUGUGGAAUGUCCUGCAAGACUAUCCGAGGGCCAGAAUUAGGUUGGAGGCCAUCGCCCUCAAAAAAAUGCAGGGCUACCAAAAAGCUGAACAACAGAAAGAAAAACAAGGUCUUUUUUCGUUUUGUAUUUUUUUAAUUUUUGUUUUUACGUUUCGAUUGAAUAUGUGGAAAAAUAUGUGGAAAAGUUUUUUCACAAAUAUUAUAGGAAUAAAUUAUGAUUGA